UAUUACUAUCAUUUUAAUUUAGAGAUGGGUUCUUAGGAGUUAAAAAAUAUUACUUGCUCUUUAAUGGACAUCUGUGUCAAAUAUAUGGAAUUAUUUUUGUUAUUGUAAUAGCCUCUAGUGAUUUCAUUUUUCUAUAGAGAAGUCCCAGGAACCUACAGCUAUUUUGGUUAUUGCAGCCUUUAUAAGUCCUUAUAAUAUAGACUACUGAUUUCUUCUCUGUAUCCUGCUCAUUGUUGAAAAGCCAGAGCUAUUUUUAACAUUUACACAGUUUUGAUAGAUGAUUCCUCAUUCCACAAGGUUUGGUGCUAAAUCCAUGGAGUCUUUCAUAAUUAUAUUCUUUUUGUGGUUUGCUUGAAUUUGAUAACAGUGGCUGAUUUCAUGCAUUGAUAAUGAAGGCUUAGGUUGCCUGUUUCUCAGCAUAAAUCCACCUCAGACUUGUACGUUGACAGUGCUUCUGGUUGCAGCACGCAUGGAGAUAUGAAAUGGAAAUUGCUCUGCUUUCUUUACAAAUGACUCAGAGUGUGCUUGUCCUUCCCUAAAAUGUUGCCAGCGUGUGAAGGAUUUUCAAUGAGCAGUGCACUAAGCCAGCAACUGGGAAGGUUUGGAGCGGCACUGAUAUAACGUGGUGCUGUCACACAGAUAAUCGGGGCUGGAGCCAAGUCUCAGUAGCGCUGUGCAAUACCCUGGACACAUUCUGGAAGUUUUGUUUAUCCAACUUGGUUGCUCUCGAAGCUAAAACCUUGCCAGGAUGUGGAGUGGACUUCCUAGCAGAGGCAGUACAUGCCACACUACUACCCUUCCUGCUCUUGUGCGCACACCUUCCCUGAUGAUGCAGCCAUCACUGGAUAUCAAACCAUUUAUGUCUUUUCCAGUGGACAGUAGUUCUGCUGUGGGGCUCUUUCCAAAUUUUAACACAAUGGAUCCUGUGCAAAAAGCAGUCAUUAACCACACAUUUGGAGUGUCCAUUCCCCCAAAGAAGAAACAAGUUAUUUCCUGUAAUGUCUGUCAGCUUCGCUUUAACUCGGAUAGCCAGGCCGAGGCCCACUACAAAGGAAGUAAACAUGCCAAGAAGGUCAAAGCACUAGAGGCAACGAAAAAUAAACCCAAAAUGGUUUCUUCCAAGGACAGCGCAAAGGCUAAUCCCAGCUGCUCCAUCACUCCAAUCACAGGCAACAACUCUGACAAAUCAGAAGAUAAAGGGAAGUUAAAAGCCAACAAUUCCAGUCAGCCGUCAAGCUCUGAAAGUGGCUCAUUUCUCCUCAAAUCUGGCACAGCACCCCUGCCACCUGGAGCAGCCACGUCCCCCUCCAAGAGCACAAAUGGAGCUCCUGGGACUGUUGCUGAGUCAGAAGAGGAAAAAGCCAAAAAAUUACUUUAUUGUUCACUAUGCAAAGUGGCCGUGAACUCUCUCUCACAACUAGAGGCACACAACACAGGAUCUAAACACAAGACCAUGGUAGAGGCUCGUAAUGGGGCUGGUCCAAUUAAAUCCUAUCCUAGACCUGGAUCAAGAUUAAAGCUACAGAAUGGCAGUAAGGGGUCAGGGCUACAGAACAAGACAUUUCAUUGUGAAAUCUGUGAUGUCCACGUUAAUUCUGAAAUUCAACUCAAACAGCACAUUUCUAGCCGAAGGCAUAAAGAUCGAGUUGCAGGGAAGCCAUUGAAGCCGAAAUACAGCCCCUACAACAAACUCCAGCGGAGCCCAAGUAUUUUAGCAGCAAAACUUGCAUUCCAGAAAGAUAUGAUGAAGCCUUUGGCCCCCGCCUUCCUGUCCUCGCCCCUGGCGGCGGCGGCGGCUGUGUCCUCUGCGCUGUCACUCCCGCCCCGGCCGUCGGCCUCACUGUUCCAGGCUCCGGCCAUUCCUCCGGCUCUCCUGAGGCCGGGACACGGGCCCAUCCGCGCCACUCCUGCCUCCAUUCUCUUCGCUCCCUACUGACGUCUGCAAGGCCCAGGAGGGUUGAGGCCUGUCAAAAGGCUGAGAAAGAACGCCAAAAGGAUUCAGCAAUUUCAGCAUUUUGUGUUGCAGUUCACCCCCAGCCUCCCAUGAAAUGCAGCCUACCGCCCCAAGCCCCAGCUCCAAAGAGAAACAAAUCACUAGAUUCAAGAGUGCUUUCAUGGACUGCCCCUACCAUUUAGGAAUCUGACAGCAUAGGCUUUAUCUCCCCAUCCCCUCCCCCACCCUGCCCCAUGCCAUUGGCGUAUCUGAAAUAUUGGGUUUCUUGAAAAUAUAUUGGUUGGAAAGAAAAAGCAAGAAAAAAAAUCAUUCUCUCUUUCUUCCAUGGGUGUGAUCUGGCUUAGAAAAAAUAGAGAGUAUUUUCCUGACAGACUUGAAAACUAGGAUCUUCCUCAGAUGUCUGUAAAUAACUCUGGAAUCCAACUGGGUAUAUUCUAGUGUGGAACAAAAAUUGAUGAACACAAGUUCUUACUUGUGGAUACCAUCUUACCAACGGAUCACAGCGUUUUCUUUUUUGGUGUACUAUUGUUGACAGGGAUUGUGUACUGUUUUAGACCCAAGUACUGUUGUAUCCUGUGUAGUACUAAAUCUGUAUCUCUUGUCUGAAUUAAACAUUUUUAGUUGCCGUGUAAAUGUUAGGAAGCAAAGUAGCUUUGAAUUUUCUCUUUAAGAGAACAAAAGAUAAAGUAAUGUAUUUUCUUUAUUUCACAUUUUAUUUGGAGAUAUUUAAACAAAAUAGAAAGCCAUAUAACAUAGCUAUAAUUACUACCUGUUUGAUAUUUUUGUUUUAACUUAUUUUGUAGCUUCCUCACUAGUUUGAGUUGCUAAGCAAAUGUAUACAAACAGAAAAAGAGCUUCCUAAAUCGCACAUUUUGCACCUCUUGUGCAUUCUGCAAGAAGACAAUGAAUCCAUGUAUUUCUCUAUAAUUAUCUUCUUCAUUUUUAACCUGUUUCCAUUUGUAAUGAUGCUACAUAAUUUUGUGGCUCCCUAAUGCAAUAAUGUACAGAAGAUAAAAAAAAUUUAUAAUUGAACAAUUUGUCUUUCUGUUCACUGAAUAUGUUGCAGGUCACACUCCCAUGCCCCCCUUAUAAACUGAUAUCAACAAGACUGGAAUGUUUGUGAUAUCAGGGGCAAGAGUUAUCAUACAACAACAAUAUAGAGUGAACUCUUUUAGAGCAUCUAUAUCUGCAAUCUGUAAAUGGUAAAAUGUCUGUGUAUUUUUUUAAAUGUACCUUUUCAAUAAAAGUACGAAAAAUAAAAA